UUGUUUGCUACCCGCCAUAAAAAGAUAGGCGAAGAAGGGUCUUAUAACAAUGGUGAUGACGAUGAUGGCGUACAGGAAACUGCCGGUUCAAUUGGGCGUGGAUCGUUGCGCAGAUCUGUAAACACUGUUAAUAGUGAACUGGGAUUGUGUAUUACCAUACGCGGUGCAUGUUUGUGUUAUCAGUAAAUCCCUUUAGUCUUUGUCUCGCCGAAGGGCGUGUUUAGUCAGUAGGACUUCAGGAGGUGUGAAGACGCGUACUAAAACAAGGGACUGCACCAAGUCAGCGGACGUUUGUGCCCUUCAAUUGUCCACUGUGAAGUGACCUGUGAGCCCUGACCUCCUGUUUACCGAAGAGUUCACUCCAGCCAGAGUCAGCGGGAUGGAGCAGGAGGAGGCUCUGUGCUUUUUGAAGGCAUUUUUGGAGGAGUUUCCAGCUGCUCUGGAGGAAGGCGCUUCACUUCCUGUUAGCCCUCUUAGUCGUAAAUUCACAAUGGAGGAGUUGCAUGGAGAGAGCCUGGAGCUGGGCCUGAGGCUAUUGGCAAACAG